AUGUAUACGGAUAAAAUGGAAGCUCAAGCCGCUCAUAUGCGAAUCGUUUCAUCGGCAUCAUCCCUAGCAGAUUCAUCACAAAGAUUGCUAUAUGCUCGAAUCAUUACUGUUUUGCCAUGUUUAAGAGAAUUCGGCUGGGAACGACGAGCGCUUUUGCGUGAAGUUAUACCUGAUAUACAACAAUUCGCUUUUCACAUGGGUGUUGAUAUCGAAUUUAUCAACCCAGUUACUAUUAACGAUGAAUCUGAGUUGUGUAGCGAUAUUAUUAAUAUUUUGCAACGACCAUAUUCUUAUGUUUUGUGUUUUCUUGGAAAUAAGUAUGGGCAUGAAAUGCUUCCGAAAAUUAUUGCCGCUACUGAAUAUGAUGCGAUUCGAAAUGCUGGAUUAGAAACUGGCUGUGACAUCAAAAUACUUGACAAUUACUACAUGCCACACAGCACAUGGAAAGGGAAUGAAUAUCGACUAAGGUGCAGUCAGAAAUGUUUGGACAAUUUGAAAGAUGUUAUCAAGAUUAUCAAAGAAGGAAUGAAGCAGUAUACGACGAAUAAAAUUAUAGGCAUUGGUGAUGAUGAAGAAAAUUCUGAUUGGAUUGAAACAGAUGAGGAAGCAAACAAGAAAAUGGAAUCCUUAAAAGAGGUGGUAACCUCCAGUGAAUCCAAGAGAAUUAAUUUUAAUGUGCAACCAGAUUCGACAUUUAUCGAUACGUGGAUCGGAAGUCGAUCACAUGACAAAUAUAUUGAAAAUUUUAUACAGAAGUUAAUCGACUAUUUACGGUCGUUGGUAAUAUUAAUUGCAUCGGGAGUUAAAGAGAAUCCACAGACAGAAAUUGAUAUACAUAUAAAAUUUGCUCAGUCACGCUUACCACAAAAGUGGUUUCAAAGAAUUAAAGUAGAUGAACAAAUUGAAAGAUGGAUAGAUGAAAGUAUGAAAAGUGCUUAUAUACAUUUGUAUAGCGGCAAUGCAUGUGGCAAAACUGCAAUUCUAUGUCGUCUAUUGUCGCUGUUGAAUGACAAAGAAUGUUAUGUGAUUAUAAGAUUUGUUGGUCUUACUCAAAGCUCGAACUAUGCGCAUGAAUUGUGGCAUAGCAUUUGUAUGAACCUUUGCAUUCUUUGCGGUCGGAGUACGACAAAACUGCAAAAUUCAUUUCAUCUUUCCUCUACUCUUUCCAUUUUUAAAGCAAUUCUAGAAAAUCUGGACAGACCACUUUUUCUUUUUUUGGAUGAUGUGCAUUUAAUAAAAUUUGGACGUUCUCUUAGUAUCGUGGAUGCACCCUUUAAAAAUCUCCUUCCAAAUUUAAUUCUUAUUGCAACCUCUAAUACAAAUAUGUCAAUUCCUUUCAUGCCUCCACCUUCCUUCUUCCAAAUUCCAGAAUUCUGUGACCUCGAAAUGCUCAAUUUUUUAAAACAUUAUUGCAAUGAAACAAGAAAGUUGAAUACUGGCCAACUGGAUCGAAUUAAUUAUCAACUGGGUAAGGAUAGAAAUUUGGUUACUGGUUUGUUUUUCGCUGACCAAAUGCUUGAGACUGGGCGUUUUUCGAACAACCUAGAUCAUUUUCUCGCUGAGGCUGAAAAUCAAAUUGGCGUUCAAUUUGUGCAAGAAUUCGCUCGAUUACUGUCAGUUUCACCGAGUGGUCUGACAACUCUCGAACUGGCAGAUCUUUUUCGCUGCAACGACAAGUUAGGAACAGAGUGUGCAGAUUCUCUUAGUGAACAACCCUUUCUAAUCUACUCAAUUAUUGAUCAUUUCGGACGUCUAAUUAUUGAAUUUGUUGAUGAUAAUCGCCUUGUUUACAAAUGGAGUCACAAUUUUAUCGCAAAUGUGAUUCGAAAUCGUUAUUUUACAAAGGCGACACAAUUAAAGCGAGCACAUAGUUUGCUGGCUGAUUUAUUUGCCGAUAUAAUAACGGAGUCAGAACUAUCGUCUCGUUCAAAUGAAACAACAGUAAAUAUUUUUCCUCGGAGUCUAAAACGACAUAAUGGUACCAUGAAUAUCCGGAGAAUCAACAAUUCAUGGUAUCAUCUUCUUCAUACAGGCAAUUUGGAUUCACUGAAAGAAUUUGCAUUGUGUUAUUUUGAUUAUGUUGAUGCUUGUUCACGAUCAUGUGGCCUUUUUCGUUUGCUCAGCAUUUAUGAAGAAUGUUCUAUGCAAAUUCUUCAUCGUGAUAUUCAGGUUUUGUUUGAACAAGUUAUUUUACCUUCCUUGAAAACAGUCGUUCGAGAUACUGAUCAGCUAGCCGCAGAAUUAAUUGGAAGACUUCGUUAUACCAGAGAAAUGAUUAUGGUGAUUAUGAGUCAUUAA